CCUACCCAUUGAACUUCUGCAGUUAUUUGGGUAAUCGUUAUGGAAAUUAACUUGCUUUGUGAUGAGGAGACGUGGCUAUGCAGCCCUGUUACACCCGUUCGUCAUCAUGCAACCAAGCUUUGCAGUUUCGAGAACUACUCAUGUGGUGGUUCGUUUUUUACGACCAAGGAAGACUCUGAGCAGGCCCUUGCAAUAUACCUUGAGAAGGAGAUCAGUUUCAUACCCGCAGCUAAUUAUGUUGAGCAUCUCCGCUCGAAAAACUUGACAACUGCUAGGUUUAGAGCUACUCAAUGGCUUUUCAGGACCAGAAGUCGCUUGAAUCUCUCUUUCGAAACUGCUUUCCUUGCUGUGAAUUACCUUGAUCGAGUCCUAUCUAUGAAUCAAUGCAAUGGAUGGAAAGAAGAUUGGAUGGUUGAGUUGUUGUCGGUUGCGUGCUUUUCUGUUGCCUCCAAGUUCAGUGAAACCUGCACUCCAACCUUGCAUGAAAUUCAGAAGAUGGAGGAUUUGGGGCAUUCAUUUCAGUCAAGCACAAUCCAGGGAAUGGAAUUGGCGCUGUUAGAGGCCCUUGGAUGGUGCCUUGGCUCUACUACGGCUUAUUCGUGCACAGAACUGUUGUUGUGGAGUAUUGACUCCUUGAAACCUCAGCUUCAUGAGGAGUGUAUUACCCAAGUCACUAAGUUCCUUGUUGCAGCUGUUUCAGAUUCAAGAUUUCUGGAGUUUAGGCCGAGUGUUGUUGCAGCGUCUGCUCUUUGCUGCAGCCUAGACGAGUUACUUCCAUCAAAAUCGGAUGCUCACCUUUCCUCCAUUACAAGACUCCUUAAUCAAGCUCAAAAGGAUGAUUUGGUCAAGUGCCAUAGGGUCAUGGAAGCUCAGAAGUAUGGUCCUCUGCACAACUUAAUACAUUAUUAUGACUGCCCUCCAAGCCCCACAACAGUAUUGCAGAAGCAGCCCAUUGACAUAUAUGAGUGCCAUGUCGAUUUCUGUUUCUUGAAGACGGGUACUGCUGGUCCAAACAGCUAGCAUUUAUCACGAAUCAAGUACGAAGAAAAGAAAGAGAGAAGAAACAGUUGGUAAAAACUGUUCUUUAA